UCAGAACGGACGUUCAGAGGACUGACAUGGGUAGUUGAAUCGUUUAGGUUUUCAUCAGAAUUAUAGACGUCCGUCUUGGGACGGACGUUGAUAAAAUUAUAGACGUCAGCGCCAUCUUAACGGACGUGUAAAGCCCCGCGAAAUUCAAUUUUAAAUUCAUUACAACGUCAUAUUAGUGGUGGGCCGGACGUCUAUAAUAUUAUAGACGUCCGGCCCACGUGGGACGGACGUCUAUGAUCAUUAAAAUGGGAAGCGCGAACCGAGACCAUUCACUGUUCGUCUUCUUCCCCGCCGUUCGCGACUCUGCUGCUGCGCCAUUGAUAUUCGAGAUUCUUGCGUGUUCUUGGGCGACUUCCUUGACUCUUUUUGGACUGCGUGUUAGGCCGUUUACUCCUCCACUUCCCUCCUUCUCAUUUGGAAUCUACUUUUCAGGUUAGCUUGUUGGUUGAAAAUUUUGUGUAUGCAUGUAUGUGGAUUUUGUGUAUGGACGUUUUUUACUAUAAUGUGUAUUAGUUAUGUUAUUGUGUUAAACGAUUAAUGCGAAAUGUGUAUUAGUGUAUGGAUGUUUUUGACUGUUAAAUUUUGUGUAUGCAUGUAUGUGUUAUUGUGUAAAAUGUGUAUUAGUUAUUGCCAUACAUUGAGUGACACUUAGUUCCCGUUUGAAAUUUAAGACAAACGAUUAAUCUUUUAAUCGUUUGUGUUAAAUUUUGAAUUGUCCGAUUGGACAGUUUGAGAAAAUUAAUUUUCAUAAUUUGCAAUACCAUGACAACUGGAGUUUAAGGAUAAGAUUGAUGAAAUUUCGGUUCAGUACUUGUGUUGUUCUCCGGAUGCAUAUUUGAUUGUGGUCAUCGUUGACUACUCUCAUUUCGUGUAUUUUGGAGACCAAUGCGAAAUGCUGCCGAAAUUGUAUCAAUUUUAUGACGUAGACUUCAAUGCACGUGGCUGAGCAAAUUAUGAAAAUUAAUUUUUUUGAAUGGGUAGGGCCUAACCUUGUGAGAGUUAAAACACUUGAACUGAUGAUUUUACGAACAUAGUAUGGAUCGAAGAUGGAUGAACGAACGUCGCAUGAGUGAAGAAUAUGACAAGGGUGUUUCGCAGUUCUUGCAAUACGUUGAACAAAAUGCUAAGUCUGUCAACGGGACAUAUUUUUGUCCUUGUGUGCGUUGUCUUAAUCAAAUACGCCAAGACUUAGGCAAUGUGCGUGACCAUCUAUUCAUGUACGGCAUAAUGAGGACUUAUACCGUUUGGACUUGGCAUGGAGAAGUACUUGAGCAGCCUACCACGUCACGAGGAACAAAUUAUGUGGAAGAAUGGAUGAGUGACCAUUUAGAGGACAUGAUACGUGAUGUCGGUGAAGAUAAUUUUGGAAGGGCUAAUUUGUAUGAUACUCUUAUUAAUGAUUCAGAGCAACCGUUGUUCCCAGGAUGCUCAAACUUUACACGCUUGUCUUCAACUUUAAAGUUGUUUAGUUUAAAAGCAAGGAAUGGAUGGACCGAUAAAAGUUUCACCGAGUUGUUGGAGUUGUUGAAGGAGAUGCUUCCAGAAAAUAAUACUCUACCUAUUCGUAAUUACGAGGCCAAAAAUUUUUUAUGUCCAAUGGGUCUUGAAUAUCAAAAGAUACAUGCUUGUCCUAAUGAUUGUGUUUUGUACACAAAGGAGUUUGCUUCGUUAAACUAUUGUCCAACAUGUGGUUUAUCCCGUUUUAAAAAGAAAUCUGACAGAGUCACUGGUAAUGAAGGUAAUGAUGGUGCACCUGGUAAGGUGAUGUGGUAUUUGCCUAUAAUACCUAGGUUCAAACGUAUGUUCUCUGUUAAAGAAGAUGCAAAGAACCUUAAAUGGCACUCUGACGAAAGAAAGUGCGAUAAUCUUCUUCGACACCCUGCUGAUUCUCCACAAUGGAAAAAGAUUGAUGACAAAUUCCCUGAAUUUGGUGCAGAUCCAAGAAACUUAAGGCUUGCACUUGCAACUGAUGGUAUGAAUCCUUAUGGAAACUUAAGUAGCAAACACAGUUCGUGGCCAGUUAUGUUGAUGAUUUACAAUCUUUCUCCUUCGUUGUGCAUGAAGAGAAAAUAUGUGAUGUUGACCAUGAUGAUAUCGGGUCCUAGACAACCUGGAAAUGACAUUGAUGUUUACUUAGCACCUUUAAUUGAUGAUUUGAAAUUGUUGUGGGAAGAAGGCAUCGACGUGUUUGAUUCACAUGUUCAGGAACAGUUCCGUUUGCGUGCAAUGUUGUUUUGCACUAUAAAUGAUUUCCCAGCAUAUGGAAACUUGAGCGGUUAUAGUGUUAAAGGUCAUUUUGCAUGUCCCAUAUGUGAAGAAAACACUAGUUACCUUCAGUUGAAGCAUGGUCAGAAGACAGUAUAUACAAGACAUCGAAAAUUUCUUCCUCGUAAUCAUCCUUAUCGUAGAUUGAAAAAAGCAUUUAAUGGAAGUGCUGAGGAUGAGGUUGUGUGCAGACCCCGGAAUGGUCAAGAGGUGUACAACGAAGUCAAAAACAUUGACAUUGUGUUUGGAAAACAUCAUAAAAGUACCUCUGCAAAGACCAUUUGGAAGAAACGAUCGAUAUUUUUUAAGCUUCCAUAUUGGUGUGAACUUGAUGUUAGACAUUGUAUUAUUAUUAUAGUUUCCUUAAUUAGUUGAAUAACUAUUUGUCCUUCG